UCUCUAGACAUUGAGCAGUAAAUGAGCAGUACAGGUCAGUCUGAGUUAUCUCCAGCAUCUGGUCAACUUCAUGUUUUGCUAGCUCAAGUCUACAAUCCAAAGUUAGUGGAGUGAACCGAACUUACAACUUGUAAAAAAUGCCACGUUCAUUUCUGGUGAAGAGGAAACAGGCGGUUGGUGCUGGAUGGCAGUGGAAAGAAUCUGACACCUGCACUGAUCCAGACACAGAAGCAGAUGUAGAGACACCCACCGAUGAUGUUCUGGAAUCAGUGCCUGACACCCCACCGCCUGUCCAAAAACCUCCACCUGUUGCUCUGGAAGCCGUUCGUGUCUCUCGCUCUGUCGAUUAUGGGAUGGAGAGAAUCCAACAACAUCAAUCGCUGCAUCAGAGUUCUCGUCCUUCAUCUGCAUUAGCGAACCCAACACAGCACAAAGUUCGGGAAUCCAGUGGAUCCUCAGAGUUUUUGUGCUCCGUGUGUCAUAAAAUGUUUCCUCUACAGCGCAUGCUCACUCGUCACCUGAAGUGUCACAGUCUGAUUAAGCGGCACCCGUGCAGGUACUGCGGUAAAGGCUUCAACGACACAUUUGACCUGAAGAGACACAUGCGGACACACACAGGUAUUCGUCCGUACAGGUGUGAUCUGUGUGAUAAAGCGUUCACGCAGCGAUGCUCGCUGGAGUCGCACCUGCGCAAGAUCCACGGCGUGCGUCAGCAGUACGCGUACCGCCAGCGACGCUCCAAGAUCUUCGUGUGCGAGGACUGCGGCUUCACUUCCAGCCGACCGGACGAGUAUUUCCUGCACGUGAGACAGCAGCACCCGAGCAGCCCCGCGCUUCGCCGUUACUACCGCAAACACGUGCUCGAGAGUCCCGCGCAGCACACCAUUGCCCCCUUCAUGCUGUACCCGCCGGCGGGUCUUUACAUGUAAGCGCAACUGUCUGAACAGGACUGACGACUGUCAAGGAAACUCUACUGGCAUUGGAGCCAAAAAGUGUGAAACUAACGCGUUAACGUGUGAUUUACAUGUUUACACGUAGUACAUGUUAAGGCGUUAGUUUCACACAUUUUGUCCCCAACGGCCUUCCGUACUACUGUGCAUCUCCAAAAAGAUGUUUGACAAGCAAAAGAGUCACGUUUAUCUGUGAAGUCAUCGACUGAAGUUGAAACCACAGAAACUCUGACCUGCUGUGUGUGAUGAAUGAACAAUGUUAUUUAUCAGCCUUUUAAAAAAGAGCCAUAAACUGUAAAGCUAGAAGACAAAUGUAGGUUAUUUUAUUAUUUGUUUAAGUGUGAAGUUUAUUCUCAGUUUUAUUCUGUGGGUUUGACUCCUUUACUUAAUCACAGAUGAGCUAUAUCACACUAUUACUCCAGCGAUAUUGCUUUAUUAGUUUACAGUAGUAACCCUAAAUACUCAUGCGACUGUAAGGUUAAAUAUGUAUUUGAUGAUGUGAGGCAAGAGAGUACAUUUGCAUUUUUAGCAUUUCAUGCAAAUGUACAUCAACAAUCAGUUUUUACCCUAUGAACACUUCCCAAACCACAAAGACAGAAUGCAAUAUUCACACAGAUAUAUCACACAUGAUGACUGUAUUCGGCUCUGUUCACGUGAAAUGUCAUUGUGUUGUGUUGUGUUGUGUUAAGGAUUAUUAAGAGAUCCAUUUUACAAAUCAAAGCUGUGACUGUUUGUUCUUUCACCCGUAUAUAAGAAUGAUCAGUGUUGUAUUAGUACAUCAGAUUAAAGGGACAUUCUGUCAUCAUUUUUGGGUGAACUAUCCCUUAAACAGUUCAUCAUUGUAGCGAGAGUCACCAAGUUACCCGGUUAAUUGUCCAAGAUAAAGAGAAAAUGAUCAUAGAGUAUUUCUAAUGUUUUCAUGUGAUCUCUUCUUAGAUAUUGAGAAGUUAGGGAUUGUUUAUUUAUAAACACAAUUAAUCUACAACAGAUUUUAUUACAUUAUAUUUAUAUCACUUUAUUUAAAGGUACAUUUUAAAGAAAUUGUGUGCGGCCUUUACUUUUAUUAAAACAGUGCUGCUGGGUUGUUUGAGGUUUUGUUUGUAUCAUGUAACAGUGAUGUUUAUCUAAGCAAACAACACAAAUGGGCGGUUACCCGGUUUAGAUUAAGCCAGGUUAUAUUAAGAAAAAGACAUUACUGGUGUGAAUCUUGAGACAGCACUGAUAUAUAUGUUGAGAUAUGUGAGUUUCAGUAAAAACACCUCAAACAUGUAUUUUAGUCUGGGAUUAAACUCAACUUCUGUCUGGGAAACCAAACCGCCCCAAACUCAUUAAAGCUCACAGCUGAUAAACACAAGACUGCAUCAUUUAUUUACUUUUUAAAUACACAUUUAUGGUCUUAUUGUAAGAACACAGAAAGAUCAUAAAUGUAUAUUGAGAGAGUAAACAGAGUACAUUUAGAUGUCGAGUAGA